AUGCGCUGCCGCAGACUGGCCCUGGGCCUGGGCUUCUGCCUGCUGGUGGGCACCGUCCUCUGCACUCUGUGGGCCUAUGCCGACAGCUGGCUGCCAUUCUCCUACAUCCCCUACUACCUUCCCUGCCCGGAGAUCUUCAACAUGAAGCUGCAGUUCCGGGGGGAGAAGCCGUUCCAGCCCGUGGCCCGGGCGCAGUAUCCUCAGCCGAAGCUGCUGGAGCAGAGGCCCACCGAGCUGCUGACGCUCACGCCCUGGCUGGCGCCCAUCGUGUCCGAGGGAACCUUCGACCCCGAGCUCCUGCGGCUCAUCUACCAGCCGCUGAACCUGACCGUCGGGCUCACCGUGUUCGCCGUGGGGAAGUACCUGGGCUUCGUGCAGCACUUCCUGGAGUCGGCCGAGCAGUUCUUCAUGCAGGGCUACCGGGUGAGCUACUACGUCUUCACCGACGCGCCCGCCGCGGUGCCCCGGGUGCCGCUGGGCCCGGGCCGCGUGCUCCGCGUCCUGCCCGUGCAGAGCCACGCCCGCUGGGAGGAGGUCUCCAUGCGCCGCAUGGAGGCCAUCAGCCGGCACAUCGCCCAGCGGGCGCACCGGGAGGUGGACUACCUCUUCUGCGUGGACGUGGACAUGGUGUUCCGGAACCCCUGGGGCCCCGAGACCCUGGGCGACCUGGUGGCCGCCAUCCACCCCGGCUACUACGCUGCGCCCCGCCGCCAGUUCCCCUACGAGCGCAGGCACGUCUCCACCGCCUUCGUGGCGGACGGCGAGGGGGACUUCUACUACGGCGGGGCCGUCUUCGGGGGCCGGGUGGACAGGGUGUACGAGUUCGCCCUGGGCUGCCACAUGGCCAUCCUGGCGGACAAGGCCAACGGCGUCAUGGCGGCCUGGCAGGAGGAGAGCCACCUGAACCGCCGCUUCAUCUCGCACAAGCCCACCAAGGUGCUGUCCCCCGAGUACAUCUGGGACGACAGGAAGCCCCGGCCCCCCGACCUGAAGCUCAUCCGCUUCUCCACGCUCGACAAGAACGCCCGCUGGCUGCGCAGCUGA